GAUUUGAGGGAUGCAUCAUGGUAUUCGAAAGUCAGGUUCACAUCUGCCCUUCAUUUUAAUGGAAAAGUAAAAUAAUUAACAGCAAUAAUUACGAAUAUGAUGCCUAAAAAGUCUGUCUAUCGAUUAUAGGAGAAUCGCAGGGUUGUGCCGUUCCAAGGGCCAUUCUUUCUUCCUGCUCUGUCAUUAGCAUUAUUAUUUUCUUCAGCUUUGAGAAAUGUGCUCGGAUCUUGUGUUCUCUGCUCUGCUGUAUACUUCCUCAGCUUUCCCUAUAACACAUAUGAAGCAAUGUGUUCAAAGUUCAUUGCUCAGUUUCCCCUGUUUUCUCCAUUUUCCCUUCUCAUUCAGUUCAUCUUUCCUUCUCUGUGUAUCUUGAGCUUUCUAGAAUAUCCAAAACCAUGUCUGUGGGUUUAAAGUCUUCUCUUUGCCUCUUUUGAGUCUGUUCUUUAACUUAUUUUGGCUCCUUGACUCCAAAAGUCCACUGCUUUUUAGACAUGUUCAUCAUCUACAUUUGAGCCAAGCUUCAGAAUCAGAAGCCAGAGUGGGUUUUCUUCUUUAGGUCUAAACAAUUUCGUACAUUUUUAAUAUUUCUAGCCAUGAGUGUCUUUAGUGGAAUUCCCAGCAAUCAUUUUAUUUUGGUUGUUUGCAUUUUGUGUUUGGGUGUUCUGUGUGGUGGACAAACAGAGUUUGGUACCGCUCAAAUGGAGAAAGCUGAGCAAGCAGCCCUGUACUCGGCCAUUCAAGGCUUUGUGGGUAAUUGGUGGAAUGGCUCAGAUCUCUAUCCAGAUCCUUGUGGAUGGACUCCCAUUCAGGGGGUUUCUUGUGAUAUUUUUGAUGGGUUAUGGUAUGUCACUGAUUUGAGCAUUGGACUUGUUCAUGACAACUCUCUUGAAUGUGCCCCGGAAGUGGAGUUUAGGCCACAGUUGUUUGAGCUCAAACACCUGAAAUCUCUCACCUUCUUCAACUGCUUCACUUCACCCCGGAGACAUCCAGUUUCCUUCCCCUCCGACAACUGGGAAAAGCUUUCCGGCAAUCUGGAAUCUUUGGAGUUCAGAUCAAACCCGGGUCUAGUAGGACAAGUUCCUACUAGCUUUGCUUUCCUCACCAAGCUUCAAUCUUUAGUCCUACUUCAAAAUGGGUUAAAAGGUGAGAUACCGGAAAAUAUUGGUAAAUUGAGUAACUUGAGGAGGCUAGUGCUCGCCGGGAACUGGUUUACCGGGAAAGCUCCGGGCAGUUUUGGAAGCUUAACAGAACUGUUGAUCCUGGAUUUAAGCAGAAACUCACUAUCUGGGCCAUUGCCUCUGGCUUUUGGAGGGUUGACUUCACUCUUGAAGCUUGAUUUGAGUUACAAUCAACUACAAGGAAAGCUGCCUGGAGAGAUAGGGAAUCUGAAGAAUUUGACCCUGUUGGAUUUGAGAUCCAACAGAUUUUGUGAUGGGUUGAGCCAGUCACUUCAAGAAAUGCAUUCUUUGGAAGAAUUGGUGCUAUCCAACAACCAAUUUGGAGGAAACCUGUUGAGCCUGGAUUGGCGAAGGCUACCGAAUUUGGUGAUUUUGGAUCUCUCCAAUGUGGGCUUAUCAGGUGAAAUUCCUGAGUCCAUUGUUGGGUUAACCAAACUAAGGUUUUUGGGUCUAAGCAACAACAAUCUCACAGGCAAUCUCUCACCAAAGUUAGCAUCUUUGCCAAGUGUUAGUACACUUUAUCUAAAUGGAAACAAUCUGACAGGAGAGCUUAAAUUCCCUGGAGACUUUUAUGGGAAAAUGGGGAGGCGUUUUGGGGCUUGGAACAACCCAAAUCUCUGCUACCCUGUUUCCCUAAUGACAACUAGUCAUGUUCCAUAUGGAGUAAAUCCAUGCCAAGAAGAUAUAACUUUGGCUGACCCAAAUUCCAUGACCAAGUUGGGGGAUCCUGGGAAUAUGAAUCAGAAUUUCCACUUUGUGAUCUCUUUGGGAUUCUCAAGCUAUGAUCUUGAUGGGCUUUUGUGGGUUUUCUUGGUAAAUACAUUGGUGAUGGUACAGCUCUCGAAUUUUCCCCUAUAGGUCCUUGUUGUUAAGAAAAGAUUCUAGGUCUAGCAAGUAAACCUUCUUAGAUGCAACAGUUGUAAUUUCUUUAUCGCUGUCCGUACUUUUAACCCCCAACAAGAUGCUAAUAUCUUUUGUUUUUGGAGAGUAAUGUUUGCAUAGUUCAGGUUCAACUAGCUGCCAAAAUGAGCUUAGCAUGGUAGGUGAAGUUUGGAUGUAUCUAUAAACGUAUCAAUGAAAAAAGUUGUGUGGU